GAAAGAUGAAAAGAUUAUAUCUCUUGAGACUGAAAAUGCAAUUCUUCAUAUCAAACUUGCUCAGCUCCAGACUGAGCUCGGGAAGGAAAGGCAGCAUUCAUCUCAUAUGGAGACAUCACUCAGCACUGCACAGCAGAGAGGCCAUGCAAAUUCAGAUGAACUCAGGAAUGUUCUCAAACAAAUCAAGGAAGCCAAAGAUGAUUUAAGGUCAUUGAGGUCAACAAUGGUUACCAUGCCAACAAGAGUGACUCAGAGUGUUGAACACUGGGCAUUGUCAGAGGCUGAGAGGCUGAAACAAUCAAUGUAUGCUGAAAGUGUUGAUUUUAACUUGUUGCAGCGUAAGGUGUACUCUUUGCAGAGUGAAUUGGUAUCUGCCCAAGAUAAGUACAUGGCAGAGAAAAGCCGGAGGAGGGAGCUUCAUAAUACAUUAGUGGAGCUGCGAGGGAACAUCCGAGUUCACUGUCGAGUGAGACCGGUUCUCGAGUAUGAUUCCACAGGCACUCAGGCAUCAUCUAUCAGAAAUUCUGAAAACCUAGAAGUGGUUCAUGUUGUAGAUGAUGAAACAGUCAAUGUGGAUUGUAACAGACCUGGUCAUUCACAAACUAAUCGUCAGUUUGAAUUUGAAAGAGUGUAUAACCAGACUGAAUCUCAAGAUGAAGUAUUCAAUGAAGUCAAACCACUCCUAACAUCUCUUCUUGAUGGGUAUAAUGUAUGCAUCAUGGCAUACGGUCAGACAGGAAGCGGGAAAACACACACCAUGCUAGGAGGGCGCUAUACUCAUGAACUGACUCAGACAAGAACCAUUCUAGAUGAGAAUGAAGAGGAUGGUGUGGUACCGAGGGCUGCCAGGGAAUUAUUCAGGUUGCUGAGAGAAAAGCCCAAUACACAUACUGUAGAAGUGUCUGUUGUUGAAGUCUACAAUAAUGAGAUCCGUGACCUUUUGACCUUGAACCCUGCUACAUCAAGGCAUGAUAUCUUCACAGGGGAUGAUGGUUCGAUGGAGGUCACUUCUUUAACUCAACGAACUGUAACGACAGCUGUAGAGAUCGUUGAUUUAGUCCGUCAUGGUAUGAUGUAUCGUCAUGAGGAUGCUACCCAGGUUCAUGCCCAUUCCAGUCGCUCUCAUCUUGUGGUUACGUUGACUAUCACUCUCAUCCAAUCACCAACUCGCAGACCUUCAUCAAGGGCCAGAAGUCAGUCUCCAUCUCGGUCUAUGAGGGUUGAUCAGGAGGUCAUCAGAACCAAGCUACAAUUGGUUGAUCUAGCUGGCAGUGAAUGUGUUGGUAUGUCCUGUGUGACUGGGUCUGCUCUACGGGAGACAUCUCACAUCAACAGGAGUCUGUCAGCUUUAGCUGAUGUCCUCGGUGCUUUGGCUGAGGGUAGAGGUCAUGUGCCUUACAGAAACUCCAGACUUACUCACCUCAUGAAAGAUUCUAUUGGUGGAGAUGCUAAGCUCCUCGUUGUGUGCUGUGUUUCUCCAACCCAUCGUUUCCUGACAGAGACACUCCAGUGCCUUGGGUUUGGAUCAAGAGCUAGGCAGAUCCAGAGAGGACCAAUCAAAAAGAGACAAGCAGCAACUCUUACAGGUACAGGGGACCAGUCUCCUGUAGUAGGAGCCAGAGGUAGGCAAGGACAACGACAUAGUAUACCAGCUCCAGAGACAUCAUCCAUACCGGUUCCCAAGUACAGAAGCUCACCUAUGAUGCAAAGAAGAAGCAGCAGUCUGGACACUGGUUCAUCUCACCUUAGAAUUGGAAGGUCAUCUUCACCAGCUAAACCAAGAUAGAUUACCAGUAGUCUGGACGUUGGUUCAUCUCACCUUAGAAUUGGAAGGUCAUCUUAACCAGUUAAACCAAGAAACCGGUCAAUCCUGAAAGAAUAUCACCUUGAUCAUCAAUCCCACAUAGCUACUGGAAUGGUGACAUAAAUGUUUGAAUUGAAUAUGUGCCAAAAAUAAUUCUUUGUAUGUAUCUAUUAACAUAUAUAAUAUUGUCAUGUAUAACCUUAAUGAAAUGACUGGAGUAGAAUUUACUGCCAAAGAAAUGAAAAUGUAUAGCUAUUUAUGUCAAAUUAAUAAUUAUUGGUACUUGAUACUGUACUCCAGUUGUAAUUUGAAUGAAAGAUAUUCGCAAUUGGCAAGUAUGAAAGAUACAGACUAACAGUUAAUGUCUGUGAUAAGUGGGUGUUGUUUAUUUCUCCAACACGUCAAUAUCUUUCAAAGUUUUCCUUGGAAAUAUACUAUCCUCGUUUUAAAACUCUAGCAUUUCCACAGUGUUUUUUUCUUUUAAUCUGAAAGUUGCUUUUUUUUAACGUCAUACCAUUCUCACUUGAAACUCAGCAACUCCACAAUCUAUAUCUUUCAAUUCAAAAGAUUUUUCUUUGAACGUUUUACUGUUCUUAGCACAUUUUAUACCACAGAUACCAUUACGCCUAGAUACCAUGAUUGAAAUUUUAGACUGUGAAUACAGGCCAAUGACUCCAAUGUAUUGUUUUCGGUUUUUUUUACUCCACAUCUUCAGUAUAUCAAUCACACUCUCACAGCCAAUGUUUGGAUAUCCUUACAUCCAAACAUUAUUGCACUAAUGUUGCAAUAACAUUCCCUGGUGAACGUACACCAAUCAAAUUACCUGCUUGUAUUACCCUGUCAUUUGCUUUGUCUUUAUUAUUAUUUAUGUUGGUAACUCCUCCCUCAUCUCCCCAUACAUCUUUGACAGGUUGAGUGGUACACAGCAUGCAUUACCACAUGACAUGUCCUCUGAGGGCUGAAUUAGAGUCCUUAGCUGAGUUUGUAUUUUUAAGCUGCCCAUCCAUCUGCUAAAUUAUGGAUCAUAUCAGGCAGUUUGCCCUGUAAUGAUGAUGUAUUAUGUCCUCUGAACUUUUAUAUAUGUAAUGUUACAUCAUUCUCACUUUGAAAUUAUACGUCUCCAUCAAGGUUCUCGUCGGAGUGAAAUUCAACUCGGGCGGACCGUACAUUGUUGUUGUUAAAAAAUGACGUCAUUUUUAGCCUGUUCGUAGUUCCACUUUGCGCAAGAUCAGAAGCAUCUGCGCAUGAACAGGGGAAGGUCAUUGGUACCAAAGUGACAUGGUGUUUUAAAAUUUUAGGAGAUAAGAACUGAAUUUCGAUGCCUUGGUUAUUCAUAUAUUCUUAUUAUUUGUGUUUUUCAUGUAAAUCCAUAAACAAAAAAAGAACAAUGCAUCCAAGAACGACUGGUAUUUCACAGUUUUCCUUGAGGCCUACAUUGUACAACAUUUUAUAAUAUGCAUUCAAAGUAGAAUGCAUCUUAUACCUUCAUACUGUUUAUUGGUGUGCUAUUCUAGUCACCUGGUCUAUUCAAUUUCUUCGCCCUUCUAUGUAAGGCACGCUUACUUAAUUACUUGCAUUGAAAUAUGCCUGUCAUAAUGAAAGAAUUGGAAGUCAGUUGAUCAAAGUUAUCCAAUAAGUAAAUACAAAAUGGUAUAGUGUCAGUGAACAAAUGGAGGAUAACGAGGACGGCCAAAUUGUCAAUAACAAUUGUACAUAAAAUCGUCACGAACCGCGA